UAGUCUUAAUUUCACACGAGGUAACUAUAAAUGCAGGGUUGUGUUCUCUUUCCUCUCUUCUCUCUCUUUCUCUUGUGGCAGUAAAUGGCAGGUUCCAUAGCAAGAAAAUAGAAAGAGAGUUCCCAAAAUCAACAACGUUUUUAUGUUUAAAACCUUGAAACAGGGUGCAAAAGUAGCUUCAAAUCACAAAUAGGUAUCUCUCUCUUCUCACUUUUGCUUCUUUUUUCCUUUUCUCUUGACUAUUCUGCCUUCUGCACAUUCUGACCUAAGUUUUGAAAUUGGGGCCAUUUAUGAUCCUCAAUUCAAUGCUCUCUUUUCAUCAUUGACUGCAUAUUUUCUCUUCACCCACCACUUUCAACAACCUUUUUUUACCUUCUUCUUCUUCUCUCUCUGCUACCUAAUUCGUGUGACAUGACAUCUAGUACUACAUUUUUUGGAAACUUGAAAUAAAUAUAUAUAAAAAAAAUCAAUUUUUUUGUUGUUUAUUCAACUUUUCAUGAGUUGGGUAUUUCUCAUUUGUUUAGUUUGCUUUUGAGAUUUUGAUUUCUUAGCUAGUGGUGGAUACUUUGGUUUUGGUAUAUACAUGUUAAGGAAAUGAGUGAGAGAGAAGAGUUUGAGGUAGAUGGAAAAAAGGGUCCUUUGGAUUGGAGGUUUGUGAGUGGCAACCUUGCAAAUUCAUCUAUGGGUUUGGUUUCCUUGGAAAAUUCUAUGAUGGGUUGUUCUCCUUCAUGCUCUAAUUCAAUGGUGGAUUCAUAUGGUUCUCACUUUUUGGACCUUCUUCCCAAUUCUGAAAGCUUUGGUUUUUGUGAUGUUAAUGGCCACAGCAAUGGAAAUGGAAAAGAUGGGUUAAGUUUUGCAAGAGUUGGUUGUGAUGAUAGAACACUAGGAUUUGGAUGGAAUGUUGCUAGUUCUAUGAUGAAGAGGGAUGGUGUUUUAGCAAAUGGACCUGAGAUGUUUCCUCAAAGUUUGUCUCAGUUUCCAACUGAUUCUGGAUUUAUUGAUGCUGCAAGAAUGUCGUGCUUUAGUGCCGGGAGUUUCGGAGAUAUGGUUAACUCGUGUAGGAUUCCUCAAUCUCGGCCCGUUGAGUAUCCUAGAUGUGAUGGAAGUCCACUAGAAAAUGAUGGAAGAAGUGAUUGUCAUGUAAUGUCUCUAGAUGAAGGGAAGCAAGCACUUGGAGGGUCUUGUAAUGAAGCUGAUAGAGCUGAAUCAAGCGGUGAGGGCGAUGAUGGUGUUGCCGUUGCCGUUGGUAGCCAUGAUGGUUCCCAAAUGUUAGAUUGUAGAAGUGGAGAACCUUCUAUUGAAGGUCUAAACCCAAAGAAAAGAAAAAGAAGCAGGCAGGAUGGUGAUUGUGAUAACGCCAUUGGAACUCUUGAGUUACCAAGGGAAACUGCAAAGGAGAGUAGGCAGAAGGGAGAGCAGCAACCAAAUUCAAAAGCCAAGGUUUAUGGGAAAAAUGCCAAACAGGGGUCUCAAGCUUCUGAUUCGCCUAACGAGGGAUACGUACAUGUUAGGGCUCGCCGUGGUCAAGCAACAAAUAGUCAUAGUCUUGCCGAGAGAGUGAGGAGAGAAAAGAUCAGUGAAAGGAUGAAGUUUCUUCAAGAUCUUGUACCUGGAUGUAGCAAGGUCACUGGCAAGGCAAUGAUGCUAGAUGAAAUCAUAAACUAUGUACAGUCUCUUCAACAACAAGUUGAGUUUUUAUCAAUGAAACUCGCAACAGUGAAUCCACAUGUGGAUUUUAAUAUGGAACGUCUGCUUCCUAAAGACAGUCUUCAACAUCGACCUGUUCUGUCAUCUACACUGGGGUUUCUCACAGACAUGCCAAUGACUUUUCCUCCAUUAUUACAUCCUCCAUUAUUACAUCCAUCUCAACCUGGACUGAUUCGUUCUUCUCUACCUAACAUGGCUAAUUCAUCGGAUAUACUAGGGCGGACCGUGGAACCACAAUUCACACCCUUGACUGGAGAAUAUAAAGAGCCAGAUCUCGCUAAUCCAUUGCAAGAAGCCAAGCACUGAAAUUACUGUCAACACUAAUGCUUUAUUAAUUUCAGUUAUACACUUAUAGUUUAGUUUCUACAUCAUGCUAGUAGUAAUAAGAAAUGAUGGUUGGAGUCAAUGAGCAGUGAUGUUAGUAUUUAGUGUGCCUUAUUGCAGUUAUUGCAAUAUUCGAAAGUUUCACCGAAGUUAUUUUGUUUCUACUAGGUUACUUGAUUGUUUUAUGAACUUAUUAUGUACAUAUUUGAUACAAUUUAUAAUAUAGCUGCACGAGGAUGAACUUCAUAA